CGGUUUUCGCCAUUCGCUUCGCCUCGCUUUCGCUUAGUUUUUUGACAUCUCGUCGCCGUCGUCUGGCAGCUCGGCUCGGGUUUUAGCUCUCUCACUGAUUUCGUUCGUUCGUUGGGUGCUGUAGCUGUACGUUCGGUUGUUUGCCAUUGCCGUGUGCGUGCUAAAAAAGAAAAUCCUCUGUGGUGCACAAAGCAGCAAAAGAAAAGUAAAAUUGAUUUUUCCAUGGAAACUAGCAACAAUAAUAACAAGAGACGCAGAGAAACAAAUCAAAUAGGAGAAACUAACAAAAAGGAUACAUUUGGCAGCAGAAAAUACUGACAAGAAAAAAGAGGAAAUAAAAAGAAGGAAUAUUAAUGGAAAUGAAGAAAAACAAGGAACGGAUAAGCACUGAUUGAUUAUGUUGGUGAAAUUUCUUGUUGGAUAUUUACAUAUUACUUAACAGGCUUUUCAUUGCAUAUCUUGAUAACCCAAAUCGAUAACAAAAAGCUGUCAAAGGAACAAAUUUUAAAAAAAGCCUCGUGAAGAAAAAAAAAACAACAUUUUUGCGAAAAUGAUUGGGCCAACAAUAAUACAACAUCUUAUACGAUAUUUAAUAAAUCAUCGUUCAUAACACGUUUUCAAAACAACAACAAAAACCAAACUAAACAAAAAUCUUACACAAAAAAUUGGAAAUAAAAAACGGAAAAAACCAUAACACGCCAAAACCAUAAAACCUGACGACUAUUAAAUUAAACAAAAAUAAAAUAAAAUAAAAUAACAAAAAACAAAAACACUACAUUCCUAUCCAAGUUCAAAGGCGUGAAAUUAUAUCUUUUACCCCCCUACUCAUAAAAUAGACACCUUGAAAAUAUUAAACCUACCCAAUAGUAUAAUUAUGUAAUUAUAUUUCCAAAUAAAAACAAUUAAAAGUUAAAAGUUCUUAUGAAACAAAAAGCUUAAACAAAAACACUUCAUCGCCAUCUAUUCACACAAAAAACCAAAUAUUUUUUGUCACACAUUUUUUGUAUUGUUCAGAAAAAAAAAUUAACUAUUAACUACGCCAUUUAGUGCAUUUUUUUAAUUAAUAUUUUUAUUAUUAUGAUUAAAUUAUUGACUGAUAGUUGUGUAACGUAAAAAAAAAAAACAAUUUUUAAUGAAAAAAAUUAUAACAAAUGAUCUCCUCCUUCUCAAUCAUUUACAACAACAACAAAAAAUAAAAAUACACCAGCUCACUACUAUCUAUCUAUCGUAUUCUUCUUAUGUCUCCUUCUAACUUUGAUGAAUUAUUAUGCCAAAUAAAUUGAUUUCGAAUUUUUUUAAAAAUUAAAAUUAACUAAAAUUUAUUAAAAAAAAUUAAAAAGAAAAAGUAAGCUUAUAAAAAAAGGAUCAAUUGCUACGCUCACAUAGGAAUUUAUUCAUAUACAAAAAAUAUAAAAACAAACAAUAUUUUAUUAUAAAAUAAACACAAAAAAAAGAACAUAGUCAAGGAUAUUGCAUUUAUAAACAAAUUUAUAAAACUUAGCAUUUUAUACGUCACAAAUUAAUAAUAAUAAAAAAAAAACACUUAGAAAAGGAUAAAGAAAAACAUCGUCAAAGUGAUAGACAACAAAGACAGCUAGCCAUUUGUGAUUGGCGUAUAGCUUUAAAAAUAUAAACAAUAACAACACAUUUAUAACAAAUUAGUAACAAAAAUGGGCAACAAAUGUUGUAGCAAGCGACAGGACCAAGAACUGGCCUUAGCUUAUCCGACCGGAUACAAGAAGAGUGAGUAUGCCUUUGGUAAUACGAACAUAACAAGCGGGCAGAAACACAAUAAUGGGGGCUCGCUGGACUCACGGUACACGCCAGAUCCGAAUCGAGGACAGAUAAAGAUUGCCAGUAAAGGCGGUGUGGAUAUCAUUCGACCGAGGACAACACCAACAACUGUACCAGGUGGUGUGGCCAAACGUCGAGUUGUUGUCGCCCUCUAUGACUACAAAUCCCGCGAUGAAUCUGAUCUCAGCUUUAUGAAAGGCGAUCGAAUGGAAGUUAUUGAUGAUACCGAAUCAGACUGGUGGCGUGUUGUUAAUUUAACUACACGUCAAGAAGGCUUAAUACCGUUAAAUUUCGUUGCCGAAGAACGAAGUGUAAACAGUGAAGAUUGGUUUUUUGAAAAUGUCCUGCGAAAAGAAGCUGAUAAACUUUUACUAGCCGAAGAAAAUCCACGUGGAACCUUUUUAGUUAGACCAUCCGAACACAAUCCAAAUGGUUAUUCAUUGUCUGUUAAAGACUGGGAAGAUGGCCGUGGAUAUCAUGUGAAGCACUAUCGAAUUAAACCCCUCGACAAUGGUGGAUAUUAUAUUGCCACAAAUCAGACUUUUCCCUCGUUGCAAGCUCUAGUGAUGGCGUAUAGUAAAAACGCCCUUGGUCUAUGUCAUAUAUUGUCAAGACCAUGUCCUAAACCACAACCACAAAUGUGGGAUCUUGGACCGGAACUGCGUGAUAAAUAUGAAAUUCCACGAUCUGAAAUUCAACUUAUUCGAAAAUUGGGUCGUGGUAAUUUUGGUGAAGUGUUCUAUGGCAAAUGGAGGAAUAGUAUUGAUGUGGCUGUGAAGACAUUACGCGAGGGUACUAUGUCAACGCAGGCAUUCCUGCAAGAGGCUGCAAUAAUGAAAAAAUUCCGUCAUAAUCGAUUAGUAGCCCUCUAUGCUGUGUGCUCGCAGGAAGAACCAAUUUACAUCGUCCAAGAGUAUAUGUCUAAGGGUAGUUUAUUAGAUUUCUUACGAGAAGGCGACGGUCGUUACUUACACUUCGAAGAUCUAAUCUACAUUGCCACCCAAGUAGCCUCCGGUAUGGAAUAUCUCGAAUCUAAACAACUUAUACAUCGUGAUCUUGCCGCUCGUAAUGUCCUCAUCGGUGAAAAUAAUGUCGCCAAAAUUUGUGACUUCGGUUUGGCACGUGUUAUAGCCGAUGAUGAAUAUUGUCCGAAACAGGGUUCUCGUUUCCCUGUUAAAUGGACAGCACCCGAAGCCAUAAUUUAUGGUAAAUUUUCCAUUAAAUCCGAUGUCUGGUCAUAUGGUAUUCUAUUGAUGGAACUAUUUACGUACGGUCAAGUACCAUAUCCGGGUAUGCAUAGUCGAGAAGUUAUCGAGAACAUCGAACGUGGAUUCCGAAUGCCUAAGCCAACUAAUCAUUACUUCCCCGAUAAUAUCUAUCAUCUGCUGCUGCAGUGUUGGGAUGCUGUGCCAGAGAAACGACCUACAUUUGAAUUUCUUAAUCAUUAUUUCGAAUCGUUUUCGGUGACGUCAGAAGUACCUUAUCGAGAAGUACAGGAUUAAGACUAACACAUUUCUAUAGUGAAAGAUUGAAAACCCAAACAUUUUAUUUCUUGUGUUUUGUGCUAUUUAAAAAAAAAACAACAACAACAACAAAAUAUAUGAAGAAUAUUGUUUUUAUUAUUACAACUAUCAUUAUAAUCAAAUGUUUAUCUUUCUCUCCCCCGCUCAUGUACUCAGUCAGUUCUUAUACAUAGCAUAUUUUGAGUAUGUAAACAUAUAUACACUUAUGUAUAUAUAUAUUUACAUUUUAGACCACAAUUUAUACCAAUUUAGUUUUUAAAAAAAACUUUCAAUUUAUAUCUAACUAUUAUUAAUUAUUUCUUUUCUUUCUCUCUUUUUUACUUUGAAAGAAUAUUUAUUUUUUAAUGUUUAAGAACAGUGAGCAACAUCACUUUCUAUUAAUUAUAAAUCUUUUGUUUUAUAUUCAAACUGAAGUUUAUAUACCUACAUACGAUACAUACAUACAUUAUAUAUACAACACAAGAAUGUAUUUUUUACCCUAACUAAGUAUAUAAAAGUAUGAAAUCCUCUUUAAGUAUUAGAACCAAAAAACAAACAAAUUUUUUACAAGACUUAUUUUUUCUUUCCAUUUUUACAAAACUUUAAACAACAACAACAAAUAAACACACAAAAACAUAACAAAGAACCAUGCCGAAGGAUUCACUCAAUGAAUAACUCGAUGGUGCGGUGCAGUGCAGUGUAGUUAAAUAGAAAUACAAAAAUAUUAAUUAAAAAUCUUUUUAAACAAAAAAAAAAACGAGAAUUCAAACUCAAAAAUCGUGUCAUUUAUAAGCGACAGAGAUUGCAUAGCUUUUUAUAUAUUUACAAUGUGCCCCAUCCCAUUGCAGUAACGAAACCCUGCACUGUGUCUGCCAAUCACGUCUAUCGACCAGUUUCAAAAAUGUGAAUCCUUAAACUCAAAACAAAACAAAAUACUUUCCAAACAUAUUUAUAUGUAUAAUUUUUUCUAUUCUUUUCUAUUUAUGAAUAUUUUCAAAUAAAAGGAUCAAGGAUAGCAUCCGAAAGGAGAAGAAAAAAAAUAAUAGUAAACGAAAUAUAACUUAUUAUUUUAAAUAACAUAACAAAUUGAAUUAAAAACAAAAUGAAAAUCGUGAAGUUAUAAUUUAAUUUAGUAGUCGGUAACUAAUCAGUAAGAAUGAAAAAAAAAACUAGCUGUAAUCUUAAGGUAAAAUUAAAUGAGAAAAUGAAGACAAAAAAGUAAAAAAAAAAAUAUUAAAAUAAUAAUAAAUAAACGAGAAAACAAAUAUUUACCUACUUUUUACUAUUUGAUUUUUCUUUUGUGCAUUUUUUUAUUUUGUAUAAAAAAUAAAUAAAUUUAAAAAAAUCUAUGUUUAAGAAUCCAUAUACAAUACAAUCAUUUGAGUAUAUAAAAAUAAUAAUUAUUAUAAUAAUAAUAAAACAAAAAAAAAACAAAACAAAACAAAACCUAUGUAUACAUAAUAAAAUUAAUGAAAAAUAUGAAAAGAAAAACUAAAAACCAAAAAAUUAACUCUAAACAUUAUAUAUUAAUAAUAAUAUUAAAAAUAAAAUAUAAAACAACAAAAAAACAAUCUUGAACAAGAGAACUAUACAAGAAAUAAAAACAAAAUGAAAAAAAAAUACAAAAAAAUUAUAAAAUGAUAAAAAUAACGUGGAAAAUCACACAAUGAUACAGUUCAAUAAAGAGUAACAUUUUAUCCAUACCAUUGUUGUCAA